AUGCAACCCUGGCAGGAGAAAGCUCUUGCUAAGGGACGGACUCCUCUGCCCGAGCGUCCUGGGCAUCGGCCCUGGCUAGAGGCAAGUCUGGCUGAAUCUUCCGGCGACCGUAACGAGACCAGCCGUGGCUCUGCUCCCAACGAGCCGGAAACCUCGCAUCCAUAUGCCACGCGCUCAACCGCUGCCGCCACCGCCGCUACCACCGCCGCUACUACCACCGCUGAGUCCGCUGAUCGCGCUCCCGCCCCAGCUGCCAUCACUACGCCUGCUCCCGCCAGCUCCGAGCAAAUUGAGACUACCACUCCGUCGUAUGUGUUUUGGCGCGGCGACGAACUCCGUCGCCUGGUGAGAAUGCGCAAUGGCGGCGCCAAAUGGGCCGCCAUAGCGGAGGCUUUCCCCGAGCGUACCCUGGAGGCCCUUAAGCAGACGUACCACAAACGUCGUCAUGCCACCGAGCGAUUGAUGGCAGAGGAAGACGUUGCUGCUGAGGCUGCGGCUGCGGCCGCGGGUCCCAGCGAUGGACAAUGA